AUGAUUUUCGGAAUAAACUGUUUCACUCCAGAGGGUAGAAGUGGCCAUGUAGCAGUAAUAGUUAACAAUCAGAUUUAUUUUAUGGGUGGCUCUCGUCUAAUUCCAGACGGAAAUCCAAUAAAGAGUUCAAUAAGAAAAUAUAAUUUAUCAAAUGAAGUUUUUUCUUUGGAUCUUACAUCACAAUUUUCUACAAUUAAUCCAUCAUAUGUUAAACUUCCUGAUUCACAAAUGGCAUAUGGAAGCGAAAAAGGAACUGCAGUGGUUGGUGGUCCUAGCAAGGAAGAUGUAUAUUUGGUUGGAAGCACAUUACAAAACCUUACACUCCUUAAUCAAAUUGAUAAUAAUGCAACAAUAACUUCGAAUCAAACAUUAAUGAUAAACGAAUUAAUUAAUACUUGGAAUGUAACAAAUCAACCUAUUUUUGUUUACCGGCCUUCUGUGCAAUCUUGGUUUAGUCCUGAUUCACAAGGAGGACCAAUGAUUAGACGUAGAUCAACUUCAACAGUAAUAGACCAGAAUGGAAGAAUAAUAUAUAUGUUUGGAGGAAGAGCCCAGAUAGAAACUGGGUCACUUACACUUAUUUGUUUUAAUGAUUUAUAUACAUAUGACACUACCGUGUCAAAAUGGAGUCAAAUUAAUGCAGCCAACGCUCCUUCUCCUCGGAGUAAUAGCCCUGCAAUAUUACUUCAAAAUGGUAAAAUUCUUUAUAUUGGAGGUGUUUAUCAAAUUUCUCCUGGAGAAGCUACAUUGCCAAUUGACAUGAAUAAUAUAGCAAAGUCGUCAAUUCCUAUUCAAGCUCGAGCAGGUCAUACAGCAACCUUAACACCAGAUAAUAAAACAAUUAUUAUAAUAGGCGGAACCUCAAGCAACAUUACUAAUAAUGAAACCAGCUCAAAUGAAACUAAUCCGUAUAUCUAUUUAUUGGAUCUGCCAUGUAAAUCCUGGGUCACCAUUUUUAAACCUGGCGAAUCGAGUUGUCCAAAACCAUCGGUUAAUGUUAAUAAUGUGUUUGAUAAUCCAAUUUACAAAGGAUUAAUUAUUAGUGGCAUUGUUCUUAUUGUUUUCUGA